ACGUCGUCGUUUCGAGAAGCACAGAAAAUGCUUUGGUUCAGCGCGAGCCAGCCCGAGCCCUAACUUAAAAAAGUUGCUCACUCUGUCUCUGGAGUUUCGCGUCUUCUUCCAGCCCCAAGCCUUUGGUCUUCCUUGCCUGCCCACAAUGAAGCUCGUCAGAUUUUUGAUGAAGCUGAACAACGAGACCGUUUCAAUUGAGCUGAAAAAUGGCACCGUUGUUCACGGAACUAUAACAGGUGUGGAUAUCAGUAUGAAUACACACCUGAAGACGGUGAAACUUACAUUGAAGGGAAAAAAUCCAGUGACUCUGGAUCAUCUAAGCGUAAGGGGUAACAAUAUACGAUAUUAUAUCCUUCCUGACAGCUUGAAUCUUGAGACUUUGCUGGUCGAAGAGGCACCUAGGGUCAAGCCCAAGAAGCCAACUGCUGGGAAGCCUUUGGGACGGGGACGUGGCCGUGGACGUGGACGUGGGCGCGGACGUGGCCGCUAAGUCAUGCUGCACUGAUUUCAAUUUUUGUGGCGCCUGCUUAUGUAAACACCUUUGUUGCGCGGAGCUUGUAUUUUGAGUUUGUGUAGGUGUGGUAUUUUCUUAAAUAGGGCUAUUAGAGAAGUUGAUCAUCUCAGGAAAAGUUUCAUUUACGGUGCUGGCCAAUCAGUAGUCUCUUUUCUAUUUAAUGGGAGAAUCAGAUGAGCCUGAUUUGUUUGGGCCACAUAAGUAGUGUACUGUCUAGGAUUAUCAUAGACUUCUACUGCAUAUUUCUAUACGAUAAGUAUAAUUUCUUUUAA